UCUGCGCAUAUUUUUGACGUCAGAGUCAUAAACUUGCACUGCAACACAAUGCACAAAGACGUUAGAUGUACAAAAUCAUCGAGAUGGAUAUACUGAUUGUGUUUAUUAUCAGUUCUUUCGUUAUUGGAACCAUAUAUCCAUUGACAAGCGAGGAUAUCAGAGUAUACCCUGAUGCUUCCGUGACAUGGGAAAAGGGGAAGAUUAAGUGUGAAACUGAAGGCAAAAAACUAUUACGUAUAGAAAAUUUGCAAAAGUGGGAAGACCUGCUUGCUCUUAAUGAUUCUAUGAAAACACAUCUCCUUGGCUCCACGUAUUGGAUUGGCCUAAAGACGUACAGUAGUGACUGCACAGCCUACACAUGGGGUGGUUCAGACCCAACAUGUUCAUGGACGAACUGGGGUGCGGGUCAACCUGAGAUUUGCUGGUCAAACACUUGUGGCAAAAUCGUAAAUGGCAAAUGGGCAACAGCUUCAUGUUACGGAGAAAGUCUAUCGUAUAUUUGUGAAAGAAUUACACCCGGGAGGUGUACAGGGAGUGACUCGGUAGGUGGUAUCAACGGUAACCCUACGACAACAACCACCCCUACAACUACAACUACUGUGGAGACAACCACAACCCAAGCGGAGACAACUACAACCCCCGCAGAGACAACUACAAGCGCCGCGGAGACAACAACAACAACCCAAGCGGAGACAACAAGCGCCACGGAGACAACAACAACAACUCAAGUGGAGACUACUUCAACCACCGCGGAGACAACCACAAGCGCCGCGGAGACAACAACAAGCGCCGCGGAGACAACAACAACCCAAGCAGAGACAACAAGCGCCACAGAGACAACAACAACUCAAGCGGAGACUACUUCAACCACAACGGAGACAACCACAAGCGCCGUGGAGACAAUAACAACCACCACUGUGGAGACAACCACAGGUGCCGGGCAAUUAGUUAUAGGAGGUGAUGGUGUUGUUACUACCACAGGUGAUGGUGUUGGUGGUGUUGACACCACUACCAUACAACAAUCUACAGGAAGUAGUGUCGAUGGCAGUAUUGUCUCAACUGCCAUGUAUCAGUCCCUGGUUUAUAGUGUUACUGAUGGUAUUGCCACAGCCACAACUUCCCCAGACAAUAACCCCAUACGGCUACCUACGACAGCAUCACAAGCAGGAAUCGUUGGCUUCACGGAACACCAAGGAAACAGUAUUGUUGACACAAACCUUGUAUCUAGUGUAGCAAAUCCUAUUGCACUUACAAUCACUGGAAACGUAGACAGCUGUAAGCAGACGUGUUUAGACACCGAGAUGAACUCGUUCCAAUGUUGGGCAGUAACAAUCACUUCCUCGACUUCUAACGAGUGCAUCCUGUACUACAUUGAUGAACCGACAAAAUUGCGUGCUCCCUCUGUUUUGGUGACAGCAACUGGUUCUGUGGUCUUCCUAAAAAUACAAGCUUCAGUUCUGAUUUUGGGAACGGCUUGCUCGUGUAAAUUGGACUUCAACUGGGAUCCACCGGGAAAUGUAUCGGAACAGUAUACGCUUGAUCUGCUAGAAAAGAUACACCUAUUAAAAGACAAACUUUCAAUUAAGAAAAAUGAAACACAAAAAUACCAAAGAACCCUGAUAAGUGCUGAGGACAAACGGGCGAGCGCCGUUGGAAUUGGAUCAAUGGGUAUUGCGCUGCUAGUGGUGAUAUUCGGUUUCGUUGUGGUAGCCGAUAUUACCCACUUUAUCACACUAUUCAAAUUUUUGAAAAGAUCUUGCCAGAAGAAACAUGAGGAGACACAACCGUAAAUGCAUUGGCUAUGGGUUGACACUUUCCCAGAAAUCUUCAGUUGACAGGUCCCAAGGACGCUUUCAUUCACGUUUUGAUAAUUCUCGUUCAACCAGACUUUUGUUGUAUGAGCAAAGUACUUCAGGAAAUUACGCAGUAAAUAAGCGUCUGGUUGAGCGAGACUACAACUUCAUCUGUAUCCAUUAUUAUGAAUUUUUACGCUUUUUGUCAAUUUGAAAUCCUUAUUUCACAUUAAUCCUUAAUCAAUCUGUAAAAAGUUUCAUUGUUACAAAUAUGUAUCUUGCAUGCAUUUAAUGACAUGA